UUUGAUGUGGCAGGAGGAAUCAAGAAUGGAAGAUGAACGAGGUGGGUCGGAGGUGCCGCCGCCGAACGGGAGGAUUCGGGUGAAGCUCAAGUUUCCUAGAAUGGUGCCGGAGGAGGAGGAGGACGCAGCGGUGGAGGCGGAGGCGGAGAUUGGUUUGGGUGAAGAAAUAAAGACCCAUUAUUGUAAGGAGUGCAACCGGAGUUUUAGCUCCGGGAAGGCGUUGGGAGGUCAUAUGAGCAGCGCUCACGUUCAAGCUAACAAAGAUCAGUCUUUGAAGAAGCUGAAAUCCAGGACAAAGAGCCAGGAUAAGGGCUCGGGCUCGGGCUCGGGAUCGGGAUCGGGCUCGGCGGUGGAGAACUCGUGUGUUCUAUGUGGGAGGGGUUUUCAGUCGAAGAAGUCUUUGUAUGGUCACAUGAGAUGUCACCCUGAGAGGGAGUGGAGGGGGAUGGCGCCGCCAAAGAUGGAGUUUACGGAGGGUUCUUCUGAGCCCGAAUUUGAGGAUAUCGGGCCUAAUCAAGAAGAUGGUUAUGGUGGUGAUUAUGAUCAGAUUGAUUCAGGCCCGAAAGAGGCUCCAAUGGCGGAGUUAGAUAGCAAUUUGAAGGGCUGGACCAGGAGAGCUAAGCGUGGGCGGGGGCCGUUGAAGCCAGUCAGCGAUUCUCCUCCUGCUUUGAGCUUUCCCCAAGACGAAGAAGUAAUUGUUGCUGUGCAUCAGUUGAUUAGGUUACUCGAAACGAAGCGAAAUGUUGAAGAAGUUGAGGACAUGGGCAGCAAUUCCUCCGCCCCCCAAGAGCCCGAAGUCCAAAUCGAAACUCUUGGUCACUCCAAGAAGCAAAAACUGGAUUCUCCAGGGCCCCAAUUGGAAUUCAAGAAACCAGAGAACCAGUCAUCCCUGGAAAUAAUUGAAAGGGAUCAGGCCACUGAUCAUGAUCAUCCAGUACGCUCAAACAAUGAUAAAGGAAAAGAGAAAACCGAUUCGAAUGCUGCACUUCUCCCAGAUUAUAUUGAUUCCGAUAACGAGAUCUGCAUAACAGCCAUGACCGAAUUGAAGAACAACAACGAAGCAGGAGAUAAUGAUGAAGGAGCUAAGCACCCCAUGGAUACUGAUCAAGAAAAGGUCGGUGUCGACGAAAAGACCAUGCCCGUAGAACCAAAUUCCACCUCAGAAAAGCACCUUUGUGAAACUUGUUUCAAGAGUUUUCGUUCUUAUCAGGCAUUGGGAGGCCACAGGUCCAGCCACAUCAAGUUCAAGGUGAGCAUCUUCAACACCAUGGACAGACAACAACCCAGCGUCGCCAGGCAGGAGGCGAUCCGGACCAGGACCGGCACCAACAAUAUAGGAGCAACAACUGCAGGUGAACAACAUAGAACACCAGUCAAUGAUCAUCCGUGCAACAUUUGCGACAAGACGUUCGCGACCGGGCAGGCGCUUGGAGGCCACAAGAGGUGCCAUUCUGCGGCAGAUGAAAGUGUUAGAGCUGAACAGAAAGUCCCCCUUGGAUUUGAUCUCAAUGAGAUGCCAGACGACGAAGAUGAUCAAGAUAGCAGGUCUGAUCAUCAGUCCAAGGAUGCAGCUGGAGAUUUAUGAUCAUGCUGUCAUAUGUCUUACAUUUUAAUUUGUGAAAAUUCAUGUUUUGUUCUUGAACUUUGUUGACAUUGUUUUC